GCAAAGUACUGUGUUUUGAGAUGGAAGCAGCAGGGCUAAUGAAUAGCUUUCCGUGUCUCGUUAUACGCGGUGUCUGCGACUAUGCAGACUCACACAAAAACAAGUUGUGGCAACCGUACGCAGCGGGAACUGCGGCCGCAUAUGCGAAGGAAAUUUUGUUGGCGAUACCACCAGCAGAGCCGUCCAAGUUGCAUACGGUAGAAGGAGCAAUGAGAGAGGCGAGUGGAAACGUACCCAAACCUAACUACCACAUACCCUUUCUUAUGAACCAACACUUUGUUGGACGUAGAAAAGAGCUUCACAUCUUGCAGCAAAGGCUAAUGGUGGGCCAGGACUGCCAGGCGCUAUCCAUUGUGGGGCUUGGUGGGACAGGAAAGACACAGUUGGUGUUACAAUUUGCAUACAGCGUAAAAGAUAAAUGGCCAGAGUAUUCGAUCUUCUGGGUGCCUGUGCUAAGCAUGGAGAGCUUUGAGCAGGCAUGUGUAAGCAUUGCAAAGGUUCUGGGUAUACUACAGGGGGCAGAUGACAAGGAAGACAUUAAAGAGCUGGUGAAGCAAAGAUUGAGCUCGAGUCGAGCAGGGCGGUGGCUGAUGGUGGUGGAUAACGCUGACGACCCUAGCAUCUUGUUUGGAACAACAGAGUCACAGGGGAUUUUUGACUAUCUACCAAAGAGCGAGAGCGGUAUAAUACUGUACACAACACGCACGAUGGAAGUAGCAGUGUCAUUAACACCGUACGAUGUGCUAGAGCUGGAGGCCAUGGAUCGUCAGGACGCGAUCGAUUUUUUCUCGAAGUCGCUAAUCAGGAAAGAGCUUCUCCGUGACCACACCGCGAGAGACCAGCUACUAGAAGAACUAACACGUCUACCACUGGCUAUCGCACAGGCGGCUGCGUACCUGAAUAUGAAUCGGAUGACAAUCGCGAAAUAUCUUCGACUACUGCAUAAUACCGAACAAGACCUUAUCGGUCUACUAAGCAGAGAGUUUCGCGACAACACACGAUACAAAGGCUCAGCGAACGCAGUGGCGACUACGUGGGUGGUGUCUUUCAGCCAGCUACGCGAGCACGAUAUAUUUGCGGCAGAUUUGCUGGAGUUUAUAUCCUGUAUAGAGUGGAAAGCCGUACCGCGGUCUUUGCUGCCAAACACAAAUUCGGAAGAGGAGAUGGAAAAGGCCAUUGGCACGCUGUGCGGAUACUCCUUUCUAGUAAGACGCGAUGGCGGCACUCAAGAAACGCAAGAAGAGAGUGAAAAACAUACAGAGCCGGAUAAGGAAGAGUGGUACGAUAUCCACCGACUUGUGCACUUAGCAACACGGAUCUGGGUCAAGAAGAAUGGCGAUGCAAGUAAGGUAGUAGAGGAUGCAAUCCGACAUGUUGCCGACGUCUUCCCAUUCGCAUGUUACGGGAACCAGACCGUUUGGAGAGCGUAUUUGCCGCACGCGCUCCGGUUGCUUAACAGUGGGCAGCACUGCAGCACGGAUGACCUUUCUGAGCUGUGUCUGCGAUUUGGGAUCUGUCUGCGAGAAGAAGGCAGGUUCCAGGAGGCAUUGGUAUGGCUGGAAAAGUCAUAUCAGGAUAGAGAUCGCCUUAGUGAGGACGAUCCAGACCGCCUAUGUUCACAGUAUCAUCUCGCGGAAUGUCUCGCAGUAGCAUACAGUUUCGACGGACAGGGGCAUAAGGCGAUAGCUCUUCUGGAAGAUGUUAUUGAAGUAGUGGAGAAGACGCUAGAGCCAGAGAACGAUGAACUACUAUCGUUGCAACACACGCUCGCAAUAGCAUACAGCAGUGAUAACCAGAUCCACAAGGUGUUGCCACUUGUAGAAAAAAUUGUGAAAUAUAGGGAAAGGACGCUGCCGCCAGAGCAUCCAGAGCGACUGGACUCGCAGCACACCCUCGCAGAAUCAUAUUACUUGGACGGACAGAUGCAAAGAGCAGUGUCGUUGCUGGAACAUAUCAUGAACAUGAAGGAUAAGACGCUAGAGCCAGAGCAUCCGGAUCGAAUGAUGUCGCAGCACAUGCUUGCGCUAGCAUACUAUGCGCUUGGACAGGUGGACAGGGCAGUGGAACUGAUGAAGAGUGUUGUCGCUAUUGAAGCUCGCACGCUACGAGAUGGUCAUCCUUCGCGGCAGGCGUCAGUUGAGGUGUUGGCUGAUAUGCUUGCAGAUCUGGAUGCGAACGAGGAUGUAGUGUCAGAUUAGCUGAAAAGGGCGAUAGUGAAGACAUUUCCAGUGAGGAGGGCGACUAGCAGUGUUAAAAUCAAUAGUUUCCAAGCUGGCAACGUCAAGCACUUGAGUUACUUCCUCAUCAAGAAGAUCG